AUGGAUACUUUGAAGAUCGGUGAAAGCCUUCAUGACAGGGAAGAUGCCGCUGCGACCCUUGUCACCACGGGAGAGCAGUUUGAACUUGGUUUCUUUUCCCCUGCUCGAAGCCAAAACAGAUACCUUGGAAUAUGGUAUCAUGGGAUAGAACCGCAAACUGUUGUCUGGGUUGCUAACAGAGACAACCCCAUUCCUCAUUCAAGAACUGGAAUGUUCCAACUUUCGCUAGAUGGAAAUCUCACCGUGUUAGAUACAGAAGGAAAUCCUUAUUGGUCUUACACGCCUGAACAAGUAUCUUCUCUCGCAAACCUCACAGUGAGGCUUAUGGAUUCUGGGAACUUAAUUCUGGCAGACGACCACUUACAAGCGACCUACUGGCAAAGCUUCCAACACCCUACGGACACAUUUUUGGUGGGCAUGAAAAUGGAUGAAGAUUUAGUCUUGAAUUCUUGGAGAGCCUCUGAUGAUCCCGGCAGCGGUAAUUACACAUUUGCAGGUGGAAAAACAGGGGAUAGCAACUAUACAAUCUACGUCAACCAGAACCAAGUUCACUGGGCUGGUGAAACGCGCCAAGAUUUCGGCUCAGAAGGGACAAUGCUUUCGCUGUUGACAAACUUCACCCAAAGGCCUUCUACUUAUAAAAACAAAAACAUGUCAACAAAUGCACUUCGUUCUGACUUUGAGCACACAAGGCUAGUGAUGAAUUAUACAGGACGGGUAGAGCUUUGGCGCUGGGAUCAGAUCGAAGGAGGAUGGGCGACUAGAUGGAACAAGCCAGAUAGCAAAUGCAAGAUACAUAACGCCUGUGGGAACUUUGGCAGUUGCAAUAUUAAUAGUUCGCCAAUCUGUAGAUGUUUGCCUGGAUUCACUUCUAAGUCGCAGGGGGAGAACCAGGUUCCGUCCUCUGAAUCUGGAGGGUGUUUCAGAAAACCAACAUCAUGCGGGCAAAACACGACAACAUUCAUACACUUGGAGAAGGUGAAAGUGAGAAAACCAGACAAAAAAGUCAACGCAGCGAACGAAACAGAGUGCCGAUCUAAGUGCCUCAAUGGGUGCCCCCCUUGCACCGCUUAUUCAUAUGAUGCGUCAACAAAUGCCUAUAGUAGGAUGUCCAUACCGUGCUCUAUUUGGACUUCUGAUUUGCCUACCCUCCAAGAAGAGAUCGAUGCGGGCUUUAAUCUUUCUGUCCUGGUAAAUAAACCAGAUAUAGAACCAACUCCAAGAACCUGCAAACCUUGCGGUGUAUUCACAAUUCCUUAUCCGCUAAGCACUGAAGCAAGUUGUGGUGAUCCCAUUUACUCUCAAUUCAAAUGUGACUCGCCAACCGGGCAGGUUAGUUUCAUUGUGGGAGAAGAGCCUUAUAGAGUUACUAACAUUGAUCCGGACGAGAGAUCGUUCUCUAUUCAAAUCAAAGAUUCGGAUAAUUGUCCUGCAAGCAAUCUCGAGCGUUGGCUUGAUCUGUCAUUUAGCGUGACUCAACAGUGCGAUGAUGCAGAUGAAGCAAAGACACUAAAGAUUAAUUGGUCUACCCCAGAUGAACCUCCCUGUAAUAACUCCGUAGACUGUGAGGGCUGGUCUCAUUCAACUUGCAACGCAACCGGUAAUGGAAAUGGAAGAUGCCUCUGCGAUGAAAAAUAUAAAUGGGAUGGCCUCAAUUUAAGCCGUACGCAAGAAAAGGGACAAAAUCCAAGAUCGACAGGGAGCCUACAUGACAGUGAGAGAUAUAUCAAAGAUUUUAUGGACGCUGACAGGUUAGUGGAGAAGGACAGAGAAGCAAUAGAGGUACCUUAUUUGGAUUUUAGUAGCAUCCUUUUAGCCACAGAUAACUUCUCAGACGCUAACAAGCUCGGACGCGGGGGUUAUGGGCCUGUCUACAAGGGAAAGCUUCAAGGAGGUCAAGAUAUUGCAGUCAAGAGGCUUUCAAGUGUUUCUUCACAAGGAAUGAAGGAAUUCAAGAAUGAAGUCGUCUUGAUAUCCAAACUUCAACAUCGAAACCUUGUUAGACUUCGGGGCUAUUGCAUUACAGGAGAAGAAAAAAUAUUACUUUAUGAAUACAUGCCAAACAAAAGCUUAGACACAUUCUUAUUCGAUCGUACACAACGGGUGAUUUUGGAUUGGCUAAUGCGUUUUGACAUAAUUUUAGGAGUUGUUAGGGGCAUGUUAUAUCUUCAUCAAGACUCUAGAUUGAGAGUAAUUCAUAGAGAUUUGAAAACUAGUAAUAUUCUUUUGGAUGAGGAGAUGCAACCAAAAAUUUCAGACUUUGGACUUGCAAAAAUAUUUGGAGACAAGGAUGUUGAGGCUAACACUGAGAGGGUAGUUGGAACAUAUGGAUAUAUGGCUCCAGAGUAUGCAUUGGAUGGAUAUUUGUCUAUUAAAUCAGAUGUUUUCAGUUUUGGGGUUAUAAUGCUUGAAAUUAUCAGUGGAAAGAAGAACACAGGAUUCUUUCAAUCCAAACAAACUUCUAGCCUUCUGGGUUAUGCAUGGAGGCUAUGGACGGAGAAUAACCUAUUGGAUUUAAUGGAUCGAUCUUUGAAUGAAAGUUGCAAUGCAAAUCAAUUUAUCAAGUGUGCACAAGUAAGUCUGUUGUGUGUGCAAGAUGAACCAGGAGACCGGCCCACCAUGUCGCAAGUAUUGAUAAUGCUUGAAAGUGAGACUGCGAGCCUUCCAACUCCAAAGCAACCGACCUUUUUUACGAACCGUGCCAGGGGCCUUUCUAGCUCUGCUUCUUCUUCCAGUAAACCUGAAGGAAUUCUUCCAACUGACAGUAGCUAUCAAGAAGGUCGGUAG